UAACUGAGACAACCGACUUAAAAGCCUUCCUUCUUCUUGAAUCCCCACAACGAUUCCACCAUUUCCACCACCCCCACCACCGCCGCCGCCGCCUUUUCACUUGCUACUUGUAGUUUUUAGUACUAUUGUAUUUUCCCACAAGUCAUAAUGCUUCAUAAAAACAACAUUACCAAAAUGGUUUUCCCUUCCAUAUCAUCCUUCUCCUUUCUAUUUAUUCUUGCCUUCUUCCUCCUCCUCACUCUUUACACCACCCUCCACCGCCCCACCACCACCGCCACCCCCUCAAACAAACUUCACCAGAACGACAGGCCUCAUUCCCUUCACUACCAGAACAUCUUCCUUUCUUCUGCCAGUAACUACACCCUCGCCACCUACCUCCGCCACCUCACCCUCCAACCCCACCUCGCCGGCACACCUCCCUCUCUCCAGACAACCCUUUACGUCAAGUCCCAUUUCGAAGCUCUCGGGCUCGAAACCCACGUCUCUAACCACACCGUCCUUCUCUCCUACCCUUCUUUCUCCUCUCUUACUGCCCACUUUAGCAACGGCUCCUCCCUUGACCUUCCUUUGUCCGAACCCGGAUUCUCCGGCGUCGUGAAGGCUUACCAUGCCUACUCUCCCUCCGGGUCGGCUUUGGGUCAACCCGUGUUUCUCAACUACGGGAGAGAGCAGGACUACAUUGCGCUGCGGGGGCUCGGGGUGCAGUUUAAGGGCUGCAUUGGAAUCGUCCGGAGAGGCGCCGGGUUGUCGAGAAAUGCAGCGGUGGAGAAGGCGGCAGCGCACGGGGUGGCGGCGGUGCUAAUGUACACCGAGGGAGAGAAAUUCGCAGGGGUGGAGAGAGGGACUGUGAUGAAGGGGUUGGGGGACCCAUUGAGCCCCGGGUGGUGGGCUGGGGUCCAGGGCGGUGAGAGGUUGAGGUUAAAUGACUCGCAGUUGAACGAAAGGUUUCCGGCUAUUCCGUCGAUGCCGGUGUCGGCUGAUACGGCCGAGAUCAUAUUGAGUUCGAUGGAGGGGGCACCCUUGCCCCAAGAGUGGAGGGAAAAUCUAAAGAGUAAUAAAAUUGGACGCGUUGGGCCAGGCCCCGUUUUGCUCAACUUUACAUAUCUGGGUGAGAAGAAGAUGGAAACAAUUCAUAAUAUUUUUGCAGUCAUCAGAGGAUCAGAAGAGCCUGAUCGCUUUAUAAUUCUCGGCAAUCAUAGAGAUGCAUGGACUUAUGGAGCUGUUGAUCCUAACAGCGGAACUUCUGCCCUACUAGAGGUUGGCCGUCGGUUUGCUCUUCUGAUGCGUUUGGGUUGGAGUCCUCGAAGAACCAUCGUCUUUGGCAGUUGGGAUGCAGAAGAGUUUGGUAUGAUAGGGUCUACUGAAUGGGUGGAAAAGAAUUUAGUGAGCCUGGGCUCUAAAGCCGUAGCUUACCUUAAUGUGGAUUGUGCUGUUCAAGGGCCUGGGUUCUUUGCUGGUGCAACUCCUCAGUUAGAUGAUCUUCUCUUUGAGGUCACAAAGAAGGUUAAAGAUCCUGACUCGGAGAACAUAUCAAUAUUUGAAACAUGUAAGGUCACCAAUAGAGCUAUCAAUAUACAGAGACUUAGUGGAGUUGAUUCAGACUUUGCCCCGUUCUUACAGCAUGCAGGGGUCCCUUCUAUUGAUUUAUACUAUGGCAGAGAUUUUCCUGUUUAUCAUACUGCUUUUGACUCGUAUGACUGGAUGGUGAACUUUGGAGACCCACUAUUUCAGCGGCAUGUUGCUGUCAGCGGUGUCUGGGGACUGCUUGCUCUUCGCUUGGCUGAUGAUCCAAUUUUACCCUUCAACUACCUCUCUUAUGUUGCUCAAUUGCAGGAAUAUAGAAACACAUUGAGCAACUUUUUGAAAGGGGAUAUCUCAUUGAAUCCUAUUACUCUGGCCAUUCAAGACUUCAAAGCUGCAGCUGACGAAAUUGCUGAGCAAGUAAAGAAACUGAGUGAAGAUGAAAGGAUGGAUGAGUUUUCUGUGCUAAAGAAGCGAAUGUUAAAUGAUCGGCUGAUGUUUGCUGAAAGAGGCUUCUUGGAUGCUGAGGGGCUUCAGGGAUUGCGAUGGUUUAAGCAUCUUAUAUAUGGGCCUCAGAUUGAUGGUGGAAGUGAGCUGAAUUUCUUCCCUGGAGUAGUUGGUGCUAUUUCUCGAAACACGGGGAUGAACAAGGGGGAGAGGCAGGAAGCCAUCCAGCAUGAGGUUUGGAGGGUUGCAAGGGCCAUUGAAAGGGCAGCUUGCGCGCUUAAAGGCAGUCUCACCUAGAAUUGUUGUAACAGGACAUUUUGCUCCAGACUUUGUAUAUAGGAUAAUUCCCCUAUCGCCCCCCCCCCCCUUCUCUCUCCUUUCUAAUUUACCCAGUUGUUGCUCUGUCCCUGUGCCCUUCUUCUUGGCCCUUCACGAUUUUACAGCGGUGGUUGCUGGGUACCGGGUUUGUGAGUUCUGACCAAACCAAAGGGUCGAGAGAAGCAGCAAGUUAUAUAUGUACACCAAAGGCUGCUUUGGAAAUGGUUCCCCCUUGGAAGCUAUAUUGUGCUCAAUCAAUUCCAAGUGUCUGGGAUUAAUUUACGGGCACCAAUAUUUUCUUUUCCUUCUUCAAAGCUUUGAUAUAGUAGUUCUGACUUCUGAGGAAUGGUCCUAAGAGUGUGGAACAGGCCAGCAUUGAUAUCCAUCCUCCUUGUAAUCUCAAGUUGCGAGUGUUGGUUGAAA